AUGGGACUUCUUACUGAUCAUUAUUUACGUGUACAAGGUGUUAAUGAUGGAUCAGUAUAUGCACUUGGUGAUUGUGCUACAAUUCAACAACCGAAAUUAAUCGAUCAAAUUGAAGUUUUAUUUACAGAAGCUGAUACAGAACAUCGAGGAGCACUUAAUCUUCGACAAUUUCAAAAACUAGUUCAAGAGAAAAUUGCAGAUUUUCCACAACUUGAAAUGUUUUCUCAAAGUGUUGAAAAAGCAUUUAUAGAAGCUGAUAAAGAAAAAUCUGGUCAUUUAACAGUUGCUACUCUUCGUUCAAUUCUUGAAAAAGCCGAUAAAAAAAUUCGUGCAUUACCAGCAACUGCUCAAGUUGCACAUCAGGAAGGUGAAUAUGUUGCUCAUUUACUUAAUCAGACUACUAAUUUACAAUUCAAUGAUCAUGAACAACACGAUCUCCAACCAUUUCGAUAUAAACAUAUGGGUUCAUUAACAUAUGUUGGUGGUAAUGCAGCAGCAAUUGAUUUUACGGAUUCAAAAUCAGUUUUGAAUAUGUUUAAAUUAAAAUCAUUAUCAGGUCGUAGUGUAGCUUACUUAUGGAAAUCAUAUUAUUUUACGGAAAUGUUUACCGGACGAACAAAAACAUUGUUAAUAUUUGAUUGGAUCCGUGUUCAUCUGUACGGACGAGAUCUUAGUCGAUAUUAG